AUGAUAAAAUCUAUUGUUAUACCAAUAGUAAAAAAUAAGAAUGGAGACCCCUCGGAUAAAAAUAACUACAGACCAAUAUCGUUGUCCACUAUUAUUUCUAAGGUGUUGGACAGUCUGCUUGAUAAGCAACUGAGAGAACACGUUACCCUGCAUGAUGGGCAGUUUGGGUUUAGACCUGGAUUGUCCACUGAAGCUGCUAUUUUGUGCCUCAAGCAGACUGUCCGAUACUACACAGACAAAAAGACACCUGUCUAUGCCUGUUUUCUAGACAUGUCAAGGGCCUUCGAUCUUGUGUCUUAUAAUGUACUGUGGCAUAAAAUGUCAACAGAAACCACACUGCCUGAGGAACUGGUCUCCAUUUUCAAAUUUUGGUACAGAGGUCAAAUAAACCACGUCCGAUGGGCGGGUGUUGUGUCAGAGGCCUAUGGGCUGGAAUGUGGUGUGAGGCAGGGAGGAAUAACUUCACCUACCAUUUUUAAUUUGUACAUAAAUGGCCUUAUUGAAGAGCUCAGCGGCACAAAUGUUGGAUGCUCUAUAGACGGUAAGUUGAUUAACAACAUAAGCUACGCAGACGACAUGGUGUUGUUGUGCCCUUCAGUCAGCGCGGUCAGGAAACUUUUAAAUGUAUGUGAAAGGUACGCGGAGGCCCAUGGGUUAAGGUAUAAUGCCACAAAAAGUGAAGUUAUGAUUUUUAAAUCUGGUGCAAAAACUUACUCGAUGCCGACUGUUACACUGUCGGGCGUUGCUGUACCGGUGGUAAAUAAAUUUAAAUACCUUGGCCAUCGGGUCACCGAUGACCUUAGUGACGACCUCGACAUAGAUAGGGAACGCAGAGCGUUGGCGGUGAGAUGUAAUAUGCUGGCUAGUAGAUUUGCCCGGAGUUCGAAAGAGGUAAAGCAGACGUUAUUUAAGGCCUAUUGCCAGUCGUUUUACACGUGCAGCCUAUGGACAAAGUACACACAGAAAGCCUACAACGCUCUGCGUGUCCAAUAUAACAACGGAUUCAGAUUGCUGUUGAGGCUGUCACGCUACUGCAGUGCCUCAGGGAUGUUUGCCGAGGCGCGAGUGGACGGCUUUCACGCAAUAGUGCGCAAAAGAAUCGCAUCGCUGAUGCGGCGGAUGCGGGGUGGCACCAACAGCAUCCUGAACACCGUGGCCGUGAGGGAGGACAGCUCCAUGCUGCGGCACUGGGUACGGGUGCACCUAACACCCGAUGCCCAGAACAUCCGCUUUUAA